CGCACCUCAGGACAGCAGGUGAUGUAGUUGCUGAACUUCCAACAUCAAAACAACAUGGGGAUGCAUAUUUUGUGUUGCCUGUGGUCCGUAUUUGCUUUGGUGAAAAUGUCUUCGGGUGCUGAAUGGUGCUACCAGUCUCAAGUGUCAUGUGUCAACCCAUGCCAAGGUCCAUUGGAAUGGCCAGAAGUAGCAAUGACUUGUGGAGGAAGAGCCCAGUCUCCAAUCAACAUAGUCACCAAGAAAACACUUAAAGAUGAUCGCCUUCAGCCUCUCCGAUAUAAUGGCUACCAGUUUGCAUUUCACAGUGACAUCAUCAACAAUGGCCAUUCUGUCCAAGUGAACCUGCCAGAUAGUGCAAAGAUUGAUGGUGGCAAUUUGGAGUCAACCUACAAGGCAAUUCAGCUUCAUUUUCACUGGGGACUCAAUGGAGGACCCGGGUCUGAACACACCAUUGAUGGAGAGCAGUAUCCUAUGGAGAUGCAUAUUGUUCAUAUCAAACAACAAUAUCAUUCAUUAAGCGAAGCCCUGAAGGACAAAUCUGGAGUUGCAGUACUUGGAUUCUUUUACCAGGAAUCAGGAAGUUCAAACAAAAAAUAUGAAUCCGUUGUAAACGCUCUAAAAAGAAUCACGAGGCCAGGCACUAACACCACCCUGCACGAUUUGUCUCUGGACAUGCUGAUCCCGUCUCACAGUAACCUAAGCACCUACUUUCGCUAUCAGGGCUCCCUGACUACUCCCAACUGUGAUGAGUCUGUGGUUUGGACUGUGUUUGAAAACACCAUUCCCCUCAGUAAUGAACAGCUGUCUGCAUUUUCCCAGCUGAGUUUUGCAGAUGGACAAAACAUGACUGGCACUUACCGUCCAGUGCAGCCCCUUAAUGGCCGGGAGGUGUAUCACUCCGGUAGUGUGGCAGUGUGGGUCAACACUGUAGUCCUUCUCAGCUCGGUUCUUGCAACUGUUGGUUUAUCUUUCCCAGAGUGAAGUUUUUUUUAUUGUAUAUUCUGUGUAUCAAGGACAUGUCUCAGAUGAAUCAUAAUAUUAAUGCUACUACAUUGAUUAUAUUAAAACAGAGCUAUUUAUUUGCAGUUAAUGGUAGGCUACUUGCACAUUAGGCUACUACAUGGCAUGUAGACUAUGAUUAGGCCUGCCUGUAUUCAUAAUAUAUUAUAUGUAUUUCUAAUAUAUUAAAUGAGAUUGUAGUCUAAUUGAUUUUUUUUUUUUUUUACAAUAGCUCAGUAUUGUUUUAUUAUCAUGUCUCCUGCUUGUUUAAAAUAAAUACCUUAAAACCCA